AUUCUUUCUCUCUCUCACCAUCUAUUUACUAUUUGUUUCGACAACACCUCUCCCCAAAUAUCUUCUCUCUUCAGCUGCUUUUCAUCAUCCAACAGGUAUAAUGAUUAAAUUGUUCAAAGUCAAGGAGAAACAACGGGAGCAAGCGGAAAAUUCUAAUGGGAAGCCUCCUGUUAAGAAGCAAACUGCGGGCGAAUUGCGUCUUCACAAAGAUAUAAGUGAACUAAACCUACCCAAGACAUGUAGCAUAUCAUUCCCUAAUGGAAAAGAUGACCUCAUGAACUUUGAAGUAACUAUUCGGCCUGAUGAUGGAUACUAUUUGGGUGGCACCUUUAUGUUCACCUUCCAGAUUUCAUCGAUUUACCCCCAUGAGGCACCCAAGGUCAAAUGCAAAACAAAAGUAUACCAUCCCAACAUCGACUUGGACGGAAAUGUGUGCCUUAACAUUCUGCGUGAAGACUGGAAACCAGUCCUGAACAUAAAUACCAUUAUUUAUGGGUUGUAUCAUCUGUUCACGGAACCAAACCAUGAGGAUCCACUCAACAGAGAAGCUGCUGCUGUUUUGAGGGACAACCCAAAGAUUUUUGAGUCAAACGUGAGGAGAGCAAUGGCGGGUGGGUAUGUUGGUCAGACAUUCUUCACCAGGUGCAUAUAAAGGUAACGCAGCUACAUCAGCAAUAAGGUGGAUGAUGCUGUGUUGUGGUUGACAUAAUUCUGAAAAAUGUCUGCAUCAAAAACUGUGUCCCUAAGGGUCUUUUUGCAAAUUGGGGAUGUUUCUACAAAAUGGUCCGUUUGUAUGCUCUAAGUUGUAACGGUAUUAAAUGCCAUUUAUUUGGGUCACUUGUGUCAUGUAAAACUAUGUAUUUCUGGGAAGAUGAAGAAUCUGCUGUUGUUUCA